UACUUGUGUUAUCUCUUUUAGAUAUUUAAAAGUUACUUCAAAUCUGAUUUUCUUAAAAUCACUGAUUUUCUUGAAAGCUAUUUAGAACCUAAUGUAGCAGUAUGUCAUCUCUUGAUCCAUCUUUUGACAAUAAACUACUUUUAUCAGGCAACGAACAUAUAUCAUUUGAAGAUGGAUCAUGUGAUCACAACAAUUACUUACAUAUAAAUGUUCAACAAUGUCCUACUUGUUUAGGGAAAGGAAAACUGACACAGAGUCAGGCAGACUCUGUUUUAGCAUUAAUAUCAGUUUCAGAUAGAAGGCUGCGUCCAAAGAGAACAAAAAUUUACCUUGGUAUCACAUUGUUACUCUGCCUGGUUUGCAUUGUCCUGAUAGCUUUUUUUUUUUUCCCACGAUCUGUGACUUUAUUUAUUAUUGCUACAAACUCGGUGGACAUUUAUAUGCCAAUGGAUUUAACAAACAUACCACGCAUUAAAGUAGAAGUAACAUAUCAGUUGGAUAACCAAAAUUACUUUCAAGUUCAUAUAAAAAACUUUUAUCUUGAUAUUUAUUGGAACAAGUACAUUCUCAACACUUCAACAGAUGUUGUUGAUAUGGUUAUUCCUCCAAGAUUUACUAAAAAGAUUGUGAUUCCGUCUGAACAAUUGUUUACUGGUGCAGAAGUAAAUAAAAAUGUCCAGAAUUUAUGUGCAUCAGGAUGGAGAUGGAAUUUGCUGGAAAAGUUUGUGGUAACUGCUGAUGCGGACUACUUAUCUCAGACACAACAACUGAGUUACACAUACUUUGGAUACGUUGCUUGUCAUAAUACCUCAUCGUCGCUCGCCAAGUUAACUUAAAUUAGUCAAAAUAUAUGUGUAAAUAUAUUUGUGUAUAUAGGUCUCUAAUUAUAUCAAUUACUUAUACAAUAUGUUGAUUAUAAUAAAUAUAUUUUAUAUUUACGUUUUUUAAAUAUAGUUAAAGCAAUUUAUAAUUGACUUUAUAUGAAAUAAACUAUAUAGAUUUUUA